AUGCCGCAAUCUUUGUCCCUGAGCACUCCGCCGCAGGGCUCCGUCAAGAGGCAACGGUCCCAAGAGAUGUCGGCCAACGUCUCCCGACCGGCUUCCAGUGGCCAAGGACAGUUCAACGGUGUGGCCGAGAAGCCGGAUGAGCUAGCAAAGCAGAUAAACCUCAAGAUUCCCGCCUACCUAAACAAAUCCCGAAGCAAGAUCGCAUCGGCAUUCCUGGAUUUGGAGUGGAAACAGAGAUACCGCCUCCAGCACGCCUCGCAGAACCCGCAGACGUCUCCGUUCCGGGUCGACCGCUCGUUGACCGUCAUCAGCCGCAAUCGCUAUGGCAAUGUUCAACCCUGGGAAUCUUCGAGAGUUAAAUUGAGAAAGCCGAUUGGAGGCUCCGACUAUGUCAACGCGUCCCCCAUCACCCUCAGGAGUCGCUUCGCCAGGAAGGCUCGCAGUGGCAGUUCAACUCCAGCAUCGACCGGGCAACCGCUUCCCACAAUGGCCCCAGUCGAAAGUAGUUACAUCGCCACUCAAGGUCCAAAGGAGGGCCAAUUCUCACACUUCUGGCACAUGGUUAUGCAAGAGACCCCAGGCGAGGUUGGCGUUAUUAUCAUGCUCACACAGCUCUAUGAAGGAAGCAAGGAGAAAUGCGCCCAGUAUUUCCCUCCCAACAUGGACAACCCCACGAUAAUUCUGCCUGCACAUGAGGAUGGUAGUGAUGAUGGAGACGCGGAGGCCCUGGACGACGGUGAUCCCUUCCUGGACUCCCCCCCGAGAAGCGCUGAGACUGAUAGUGUUGGAACAGAUGCCGACGACCCUCGAAGCGAGCCGCAAAAUGGCCCUGGGAAUGACGGACAGAAAGCUUCGGCCCAAGAGCAAGGUCAAAGUGGCUCCGUUACCCUCCUUUCGCUAGACUACGAUGCCAAGAUUGGCUGUGAGGUCCGCAAUCUUCGAUUGACCAUCGAUGGCGAAGCCAAAACAAUUUAUCAUUACCUGUUCCAUGGCUGGCCGGAUUUUGGCAAACCGGAGGCAGAAGAUCGCCGUGCUCUACUGGAACUGACCAGAGUGUCACGCGCAGUUGCGGGCGAGUCUCCACGAAUUGUGCAUUGCUCUGCCGGAGUUGGUCGGACAGGCACUUGGAUAGCACUGGACUUCCUCCUACAAGAGCUCGAAGCAGGUCGACUGGUCGAAUCCUCGCCUCCACAGACGGGCACGCAUACCCCGACCACGAAUUCCAACGACUCUGGUACAUGGGGCAGGAGCGGGCCUCCAAAAGCGAGCACGCCUGAUCCAAAGGAUGACGAAGAUCUCAUAUGGGAAACGGUGAAUACGCUCCGCGAACAGCGAAUGAUGAUGGUCAUGAACGAAUUGCAGUACAGUUUCCUCUACGAAGUUCUGAAGGAGGCGUUCAUUGACAAGUACGCGGAAAAGGAGACUGGGCCGGUCAUCAUUGAGGUGCAAGAGCCGAGCCCUAAAGUCGCGAGGAAAAGGUCACCUUUCGGCGGAAUGUUUCGUGGUGGUCGCGUGGGGAGGGUCAGGAGGGACGAAGACACGGUGUCGGCGGAUGGUGUCGAUAUGGGCGAAUCGGAAGCGGAAACAGAGAUCAUGGACAAAGAAAAAGCUGGCACGGAAACGGGUAUGGAUGGCCGUACCAACGCCGAGUCGCCGGAUGAUUUGGAGAGCCACGCACGCAAGGGUGGUGACGGAGACAAGGACCCAUAUGCCGCUGUGGCACCAGAGUCGAUCCGCGAGGGACAAGAGAAAAAAGAACAAAACGAGAUACGUGAGCAUGAAGUAAAGUGA